CCUCUGGGACCUGGAAAGGGGCGCAGCGUGGGAAAGGGAUGGUAGAGUUUUAACCCGAGGCAGAGCGUGAGCGGGAUCAGUGUGUGCAGAACGCGAGGACUGAGCGCGGAGAGGCGCUGCUGCUGCUGCUAACUCCUCCCCGCCCGCCGCACCGACCUUACCUCGGAGCCCCCGCACAGCCACCAUGAAGCGAGCCCACCCCGAGUACAGCUCCUCCGAUAGCGAGCUCGACGAGACCAUUGAAGUGGAAAAGGAGAGUGCGGAUGAGAAUGGAAACUUGAGUUCGGCUCUGGGUUCCAUGUCCCCAACUACAUCUUCACAGAUCUUGGCUAGGAAAAGACGGAGAGGCAUCAUUGAGAAGCGCCGACGGGACCGGAUCAAUAAUAGUUUGUCUGAGCUGAGGAGGCUUGUACCCAGUGCUUUUGAGAAGCAGGGAUCUGCUAAGCUAGAAAAAGCCGAGAUCCUGCAGAUGACCGUGGAUCACCUGAAAAUGCUGCACACUGCAGGAGGGAAAGGCUAUUUUGACGCACACGCCCUUGCUAUGGACUAUCGGAGUUUGGGAUUUCGGGAGUGCCUGGCAGAGGUUGCCCGUUACCUGAGCAUCAUUGAAGGACUAGAUGCCUCUGACCCGCUGCGAGUUCGACUGGUAUCGCAUCUUAACAACUAUGCCUCCCAGCGGGAAGCGGCCAGCGGCUCCCACGCAGGCCUUGGACACAUUCCUUGGGGGAGCGCCUUCGGACAUCACCCGCACGUCGCGCAUCCCCUGUUGCUGCAGCAAAACGGCCACGGGAACACUGGCAGCACCUCGCCUACGGAACCACACCAUCAGGGAAGGUUGGCCUCGGCACAUCCGGAGGCGCCCGCCUUGCGAGCGCCCCCUAGUGGCGGCCUUGGACCGGUGCUCCCAGUGGUCACCUCCGCCUCCAAACUCUCGCCGCCUCUGCUCUCCUCAGUGGCCUCCCUGUCGGCCUUCCCCUUCUCUUUUGGCUCCUUCCACUUACUCUCCCCCAAUGCAUUGAGCCCUUCGGCACCCACGCAGGCAGCAAACCUUGGCAAACCCUAUAGACCUUGGGGGACAGAGAUUGGAGCUUUUUAAAGAACUGAUGCUGUAGUAUGAGGGAGGGGAAAGCUUAAAAUUGGGCUGUUGCCAACAUCACCUUAAAGUCGCUAGUAAAAGUAAAAAGGAUAAAGGUACACUUUCAGUUACAUUUUGUUGAAAGACUAAAGGUUUGUUGGUUUAUCUUCUUUUAAUUUUUUUUCCUAUCAUGUCAUGUAUUAGCAGUUUUUAAAGACUAGUGAUGUUUUUGUUCCACACGUUAAAUUGAAAUAGUAUAAACCAACACUUGGUGGUAGGUUUGUGCUGUGCCUAAUUACUUUGUAAACCCAUUUUGUUAGAAUGAGUCCAUUGUUUGCCUCAAAAGUUUUGGGAAUUUUAACAUUUAGUAGUUUUGGUCUCAUUUCCUCCAUGUAUAGUUGCAGUCUGUUUUUAGAAUUUUUCAAACCACUAAGCUCAGCAUUAACAUGAUGCUAUUUGUUAAUUUAGACAAUUAAGGUGUUGUAUAAAUCAUAUUCUCUGGGGGUGGGGUGGGGACUAUAUUAAAUUUUAUAUUUUUGAACGAAGCGUUGACAAAUCAGAUGAUCAGCUUUAUCCAAGAAAGACGACUAGUUAAUUCUCUGCCUCUUAUAGCAGUAAGGUGAGUGUACGAACCGUCCGGGGCCCUUAGUCCCUGUGACUGACUGCUGUCAUUGGCCAGGACCUGCAGUUGUGGUUUGGUUAGGAGGGAGCCACUUAUAAGUACAUCCCAUUUGGAGCUGGUGUUGUGGAGACUGAAGAUGACUGCCUAGAAUAUGCAUGCAGUUACCAGCCAUGAAUUUUUAAUCUCAUGGAUCUCAGAUUCACGAGUGUUAACGUGGAUAAGUGAUCAUGGUGUGCAAGUGGUGGAUUGAAUGGUCCAGGGGAACCUGUUAAAUGCAUAACCUAAUUUUUCCAGAAACUGCCAUAUUUUUCUUUAAACUGGAAAUUUUUAUAUUAUGUUCUUUUUGAUGCGUGGAACUGUGAUUGUUGAGAUAUUUAAAAGGGCUCUUCUGCCUUCUUGUUGGUUUAUUUAAUUUGAUUUGGGCUAUAAAAGCAUUAUUUUACAGGUUUGUUCCUUUAGUAGGUGCAGUUUAAAGGAUCUCCACUGAACUGGGUUUGACCUUUGUUGUACUGAUGUGUUGUGACUAAAUAAAAAAGAAAGAAC